AACUAUGUAACUGCCUGCCAGAGAGCUGGCCUCAAAGCUCCCAUUUGACUGCGUAGCGACGGCGUCUUGGCCUCGGAUCCCCGCGAGCACUGCACAGACCCGAGGGCCUGCGCCCUCCCGCGGUCGCCGCUUCCCGCCCACCUGCCCACCUGCCCGGUAAGAAGCGCCCCCGCGCGCCCGCCUGGGGGUCUUGCGGGCAACCCAGUUGUCAGGCACGUUGCUGAAGACCCUGUGGCUCCAAAGCAACGGGGCACACUUCUCACCUGUGGAGCAAAGAACAGCAAAUUGUUCUUCUCUCGAGGAGAAUCUUUUCCCUCCUCUCAGAAGGAAAGAUGUCGUCGGAUGGGUAUUCCGCGGACCAGAAUUUCUGCUAUCUCAUCUCGUGUUUCAGGGCCAGAGUGAAAAGGUACAUUCAGGUGGAGCCGGUAUUGGACUACUUGACCUUUCUGCCUGCAGAGGUGAAGGAGCAGAUUCAGAGGGCGGUCGCCACCACUGGGAACAUAAACGCAGCUGAACUGCUUCUGAACACUUUGGAGAAGGGGGUCUGGCCCCCCGGCUGGACUAGGAUGUUUGUGCAGGCUCUCCGGGAAACAGGCAACUCCUUAGCGGCCCGCUACGUGAACCCCGAUCUCACCGACUUGCCCUCUCCAUCCUUUGAGAGCUCUCAUGAUGAGUGUCUCCAACUGCUGAACCUUCUUCAGCCUACAGUGGUGGACAAGCUUCUGGUUACCGAUGUCUUGGAUAAAUGUGUGGAGGAGCAACUGUUGACAGGUGAAGACAGAAAUCGGGUUUCUGCUGCAGAAAAUGAUGGAAAUGAAUCAGGAGUAAGGGAGCUCCUGAAAAGGAUUGUGCAGAAAGAAAACUGGUUUUCUACAUUUCUGACAGUUCUGAGACAAACAGGAAAUGAUGCACUUGCCCGCGAAUUAACAGGCACCGAUUGCUGUGAAAGCAAUGCAGAAUCAGACACAAGUUUGGCAGAAGGAAGUGUCAGCUGCUUAGAUGAAAGUCUUGGACAUAACAGCAACAUGGGCAGUGAUUCAGGCACCAUGGGAAGUGAUUCAGAUGAAGAGACUGUGACUCAAAGAGCAUCCCCUGAGCCAGAGCUGCAUCUCAGGCCUUACCAACUGGAAGUGGCCCAGCCAGCUCUGGAGGGAAAGAAUAUCAUUAUAUGCCUCCCUACCGGGAGUGGGAAAACCAGAGUGGCCGUGUACAUUGCCAAGGAUCACUUGGACAAGAAGAAAGAAGCUUCUGAACCUGGAAAAGUUAUAGUCCUUGUCAAUAAGGUACCAUUAGUUGAACAGCUCUUCCGCAAAGAGUUCGAACCAUUUUUGAAGAAAUGGUAUCGUGUUACUAGAUUAAGUGGUGAUACCCAAUUGAAAAUAACAUUUCCAGAAGUUGUCAAGUCUUGUGAUGUUAUUAUCAGUACAGCUCAAAUCCUUGAAAACUCCCUUUUAAACUCAGAAGAAGGAGAAGACCCUGGUGUACAGCUGUCAGACUUUUCUCUCAUCAUCAUUGACGAAUGCCAUCACACCAACAAAGAAGCAGUCUAUAAUAACAUCAUGAGGCGUUAUUUGAAACAGAAAUUGAAAAACAAUAAACUCAAGAAAGAAGAGAAACCAGUGAUUCCCUUACCUCAGAUAUUGGGACUAACAGCCUCACCAGGUGUUGGGGGAGCCAAAAAGCAAGCCAAAGCUGAAGAACAUAUUUUAAAAAUAUGUGCCAAUCUUGAUGCAUUUACCAUUAAAACUGUGAAAAAAAAUAUUAAUCAACUUAAAGACCAAAUAAAGGAGCCAUGCAAAAAGUUUGUAAUCGCAGAUGACACCAGAGAAGAUCUGUUUAAAGAUAGACUUCUAGAAAUAAUGACAAACAUUCAAACUUUUUGCCAAAUUAGUCCUAUGUCGGAUUUUGGAACUCAACCCUAUGAACAAUGGCUCAUUCAAAUGGAAAAAAAAGCUGCAAGAGACGGAAAUCGCAAAGAUCGUGUUUGUGCAGAACAUUUGAAAAAGUACAAUGAGGCUCUACAAAUUAAUGAUACAAUCCGAAGGAUUGAUGCCUAUAAUCACCUUAAAACUUUCUACAAUGAUGAGAAAGAAAAGAAGUUUGAAGUCCUGGAAGAUGACAGUGAUGACAAUGGAGAUGAUAGUGAUAACGAUGAAGAUGAGAAUGAUGAAAAGAAACCUUCAAAACUGGAUGAAUCAGAUAUAUUUCUCAUGACUUUAUUUUUGAGAAACAAGAAAAUAUUGAAGAAGCUGGCUGAAAACCCAGAAUAUGAAAAUGAAAAGCUGACCAAAUUAAGAAACACCAUAAUGGAACAUUUUACAAGGACUGAGGAAUCAGCACGAGGAAUAAUUUUCACAAAAACACGACAGAGUGCAUAUGCCCUUUCCCAGUGGAUUACUGACAAUAAAAAAUUUGCAGAAGUAGGAGUCAAAGCCCACCAUCUGAUUGGAGCUGGACACAGCAGUGAGUUCAAGCCCAUGACACAGAAUGAACAAAGAGAAGUCAUUAGUAAAUUUCGCACGGGAAAAAUAAAUCUGCUUAUCGCUACCACGGUGGCAGAAGAAGGUCUGGAUAUUAAAGAGUGUAAUAUCGUUAUUCGAUAUGGUCUCGUCACUAAUGAAAUAGCCAUGGUCCAGGCCCGUGGUCGAGCCAGAGCUGAUGAGAGCACCUACGUCCUGGUUGCCCAAAGUGGCUCUGGAGUUAUUGAACGUGAGACCGUUAAUGAUUUCCGAGAGAAAAUGAUGUAUAAAGCUAUAGACCGUGUUCAAAAUAUGAAACCAGAAGAGUAUGCUCAUAAGAUUUUGGAAUUACAGAUGCAAAGUAUAAUGGAAAAGAAAAUGAAAAUCAAGAGAAGUAUUGCAAAGCAAUGCAAGGACAACCCAUCAUUAAUAAGUUUUCUAUGCAAAAACUGCAGUGUGCUAGCCUGCUCUGGAGAAGAUAUCCACAUAAUUGAGAAGAUGCACCAUGUCAACAUGACACCAGAGUUCAAGAACCUGUAUAUUGUGAGAGGAAACAAGGCACUGCAGACGAAGUUUGCUGACUAUCAAACAAAUGGCGAGAUAAUCUGCAAAAAAUGUGGCCAAGCUUGGGGAACGAUGAUGGUGCACAAAGGCUUAGAUUUGCCUUGUCUCAAAAUAAAGAAUUAUGUAGUGGCUUUCAAAAAUAAUUUAUUUAAGAAACAAUACAAAAAGUGGGUAGAAUUACCCAUCACAUUUCCCGAUCUUAACUAUUCAGAAUAUUGUUUGUCUAGUGAUGAGGACUGAUGUUUGAUUCCAGAUUCUUUUAAAAUAUUAUCAACUUGACCUUUCAUAGGAUUUUGAUGACAAUUUUCAUUAUACUACAGAACUGAUGUAAGAAUUAAUAAAAUCAUCGCUUUAUUCUGUGUUGAACUGUAUGGAAGAAGACAAUGUAUUAUGCUUUCCAUUUCUAUCUUGGUGGGCAGAGGUAAAGAAAUGCUACCAGUAAUACUCAUUAGUGAUUCUGGUACAGUGGAAAGAAUACUGGGGCAUAAAUGAGGAUCUGAGGUACUAAUCUCAAUCCUGUCACCAAUUUUCAGAAUAAAACGAAUCAGUUCAUCA